AUGGUUGUUCUCUCCAUGGGGGCUGUGAGGAUGUCCCAGAUGUGGAUGCUGAGAUGGGUCGCCCUACUGGUGGGGCUACAGCUGAUACAAGCAGACUUCAUGAAUGAUUUUGCAGUAAUGGAUGAAAUGUGGCCAACAACAACAACAACAGCGUUCUCUAGGACAAAUGUGCCAGUAACUACGGUUGUACCAAAUCCUGAUCAUCAGUCCACGAUCUGCAGCACAUGGGGAAAUUUCCACUUCAAGACCUUUGAUGGUCAAUUCUUUCAAGUGCCAGACACGUGCAACUAUGUUCUGACAGUGAUGUGUGACAUUACGGUUUCUGAUUUUAACAUCCAAAUGCAAAGAGAGACUGUGAAUGGCUCAAUCACCUUUAGCACAGUCACAAUAAAGCUGGAGGGAACAAUCAUCAAAAUCACUAAUGGCGACAUCACCAUGGGGGAAGAAAUUGUGUCUGUUCCGACCUAUAAGAAUGGAAUUAAAAUUGAGGGAAGUCCAACAAGUGUCAAGAUGUCGAACAAACAUGGAGUGACUGUCUUCUGGGAAGAAGACAACUCUCUAGCAAUUGAACUUCCUGAGAAGUACAAAGGUCUGACCUGUGGACUCUGUGGAGACUUUAAUGGCAACAAGCAUGACGAUAUCACUGUUAGCGGGCCAGCCACAUGGAAAGUUUCAACACCAACUGAAACCUGUGAGGACGUUACACUUCCUCCCAUUCAUCAGUGUGACCAGACAAGUGUUUGCCAGCAGUAUCUCAGCAGUCCAGGGUUUGCUGACUGUUACAGAGUGAUGGACAUGAGUUCAUUUGAAAAAGCCUGUAUAGACGACCUGUGUCAGUGUUACGGCAAUCACAACUGUCUCUGCAACACGCUCACAGAGAUUUCACGACAGUGCACUCAUGCUGGAGGAAUACCAGGAACAUGGAGGACAGAACAGCUCUGUCCAAAGACGUGUCCUUUGAACUUGCAAUACAUGGAGUGUGGGAGUCCGUGCAAGAACACCUGCUCAGAUCCAGAUGCAAAUCUAAUGUGUAAACAACACUGUCUGGAUGGCUGUUUUUGCCCUAAUGGCACCGUGGAAGACGACAUUGGUCUGAGUGGCUGCGUUCCUGUGAACGAGUGCCCUUGUCUGCAUGACAGCACAGUAUAUCGAUCAGGAGAGUCUUACAAACAAGCUUGCAAAAAAUGUGUGUGCGCCGCUGGACACUGGACUUGUACAUACCUGGAAUGUCCCGGAAUCUGCUCUGUUGUUGGAGGGUCUCACAUCACCACUUAUGAUGGAAAGACCUUCACCUUCAGCGGCAACUGUGACUACAUCCUUACUAAGCACUCUAAUGACAGUGACAUUGCGGUUGUGGGAAAUCUGGCAAAUUGUGAUCCAGCCCGAGCAGACACUUGUCUAAAUUCAGUUACCCUUGUCAUUCCAGGGACCACUAUUAGUUUUUCCUCUGGUGGAUCUGUGGCAGUGAAUGGAAUCGGUUCAUACAUGCUUCCUUUCACCACAGGUCCUGUGAGCAUCUUCCAACCCACUUCCUCUUUCAUCAUUGCUGAAAUGAAGAGUCUUCGUCUAGAGAUCCAGUUGGCUCCAGUCAUGCAGUUGUAUAUUGUAGCCAGCACUGAAGAGAAAGGGAAGAUGAGUGGUCUGUGUGGGAACUAUAACGACAUCCAAUCAGAUGACUUUAAAACAACAUCGGGCAUCAUAGAGGGCACACCAACAUCCUUUGUCAACUUUUGGAAACAAAAUUGCCCAGAUCUUGAAAUCACAUUUGACAACCCCUGCAGCUUGAAUAUAGAAACAGAGCAACUUGCAAAAGACUGGUGUUCCCGUCUCACAAACCCAAACGGCAGCUUUGCUGCAUGUCACUCAGAUAUAUGUCCUGAGAUGUACUACCAAUGGUGUGUCUACGAUACCUGCAAAUGUGCAGAUAUUAGGAAGUGUAUGUGUGCGGCCGUGUCCAACUAUGCCCACGCCUGUGCUGCCAGAGGAGUCAUUCUCCAGGGCUGGAUGGAUUCUGACCCCUGUGACAUGAUUUCGAAGUGUUCAGGGAACAUGAAGUACUCCUACGGGGUAACCAGCUGUUGCAGCACCUGCCGCUCUCUCAGUGAACAAGACAACACCUGCCAAGGGUCCUUCACACCUGUAGAUGGUUGCACCUGUUCUGAGGGAACCUACCUCAAUGAAGGCGGUCGCUGUGUACAUGCUGAUCAGUGUCCUUGUUACUAUGGCAACCAGGUCAUAGAGCCAUCAGCAGUGUUCCACAAAGAUGGUGCUAAAUGCACCUGUAACCUUGGCAAACUGCACUGCUCCAGUCAAAAAGACUGUGUGGCUCCAAUGACAUUCUUCAAAUGCUCAAAUCAUGGAGAAAAAGGAACGGAGUGUCAAAGGACAUGUGAAAAGCAAGACCCAAACAACUGUGUGAGCAUGGGGUGUACAUCAGGGUGUAUGUGUCGAGAUGACCUUCUGGCUGAUGGAAAAGGUGGGUGUGUGAAGAUGGAAAAAUGUCCAUGUACCCAUAAUGGAGUCACCUAUUCACCUGGAGAGCAAGUUCAACAGGACUGUAACACCUGCACAUGCACAAAUGGAAUGUGGACUUGUACUGAAAAGGCGUGCUAUGGCACCUGUACCAUCUACGGUGAAGGUCAUUUCAGGACUUUUGAUGGCAGAAGAUAUUCCUUCCACGGAGACUGUGAACACACCAUCGCCCAUGAUUAUUGCGAUAUGAACCCCAGUCCCUCCUUCCGCCUGGUCACAGAGAACAUCCCUUGUGCCACCACCAGCUCCAUUUGCUCCAAGUCCAUCAAUCUGUUCUUUGGGAAAUACGAGAUGAUUUUAUCUGAGGAGGAAGAUGUGAAGGUUGUUGAAAGCAACGGCACGGAGUACAGAUAUAAAAUUACUUCUGCAGGCAUAUAUGUUGUCAUAGAGGUUAAAGGUCUUUUGAACUUAAUUUGGGAUAAAAAAACAAGUGUGAUGAUCCAACUCAAUCACAAAUUAAAGAGCAAGGUGUGUGGACUCUGUGGAAACUUUGAUGGUAAUGCGAACAAUGACUUUAUGAAGCACAAUGGAGAAGUGGUGACAGAUCCAGAAGAUUUUGGGAAUAGCUGGAAAGUGAAUCCAAACUGUCCUGAUGUGACAAACGUGAUGCAUCCUUGUGACGCAAAUCCACAUCGACGUGCCUGGGCUAUCAAACAAUGCAUAAUCAUCACAACCCCUGUCUUUACAGACUGCCAUUCACUUGUAGAUUCUGGUCCAUACUAUGAUGCAUGUGUAAGGGACACCUGUGCAUGUGACAGUGGGGGUGACUGUGAUUGUCUCUGUACUGCAGUGGCAGCUUACGCUGCUGAAUGCCGUAAAAGAGGUGCUUGUGUGGCAUGGCGAAGACCAGACUUUUGCCCUUUGUUCUGUGACUACUACAACGCUCCAGGAGAAUGUGAGUGGCACUAUAAACCCUGUGGAUCCACUUGCAUGAAAACCUGCAAAAACCCCUCAGGAACUUGCUCUGAUCAAAUUCCUCCCCUUGAGGGAUGUUUUCUUCAGUGCCCUUCAGAGAGGCCAUAUUUCAGGGAGGAGACUAUGAAGUGUGUCACAGAGGAAGAAUGUAAAGACUGUUUCUAUAAUGGGAAGGUAUAUCCACGUGGAUCGGACAUUUACAAAACCACAGAUGGGAAUGGUGUAUGUUUCACUGCUCUGUGUGACUCCAAUGGGGAAAUAAUAAGAAUUGUUACUGAAUGUGACUCAACCUCAACACCUUUCACUUUCACAACUACACCUGAAACUACUAAAACAACUCAAACUUCAGAGACACCCACAAUCACAUUCACUACUACCACGACAAGUACUGGGACAUCGACAACUAUGUCAACAGAAACACCAUCCACAAUCACAUCCACUACCACUACAACUACUGGAACAUCGACACCUACGUCAACAGAAACAUCACCUACAACAGUUACAGUAACACCUACUUCAACAGAAACACCAUCUACAAUUACAUCCACUACUACCCCAACUACAGGAACAUUGACACCUACGUCAUCAGAAACAUCGCCUACAACUGUUACAGUAACACCUACAUCAACAGAAACAUCACCUACAACUGUUACAGUAACACCUACUUCAACAGAAACACCAUCUACAAUUACAUCCACUACUACUCCAACUACUGGAACAUCGACAUCUACGUCAACAGAAACAUCACCUACAACUGUUACAAUAACAUCUACAUCAACAGAAACACAAUCUACAAUCACAUCCACUACUACCCCAACUACUGGAACAUCGACGCCUACGUCAUCAGAAACAUCCCCUACAACUGUUACAGUAACACCUACUUCAACAGAAACACCCUCUACAAUCACAUCCACUACUAAACCAACUACAGGAACAUCGACACCUACGUCAUCAGAAACAUCCCCUACAACUGUUACAGUAACACCUACUUCAACAGAAACACCCUCUACAAUCACAUCCACUACUAAACCAACUACAGGAACAUCGACACCUACGUCAUCAGAAACAUCCCCUACAACUGUUACAGUAACACCUACUUCAACAGAAACACCCUCUACAAUCACAUCCACUACUAAACCAACUACAGGAACAUCGACACCUACGUCAUCAGAAACAUCCCCUACAACUGUUACAGUAACACCUACUUCAAAAGAAACACCAUCCACAAUUAGUACAACUACUGCUACAACAACAACUCCCAUCUGUGCUGAUAGAUGCACAUGGUCAGAUUGGAUUGAUGGCAACACACCCAGUACAGAGCCAGAAGGAUUCGAAACUGAAUCCAUUGAUGAAUUGUGGAAUUCAGGAAAGAUUAUCUGUCAGAGCCCUGAAGUGAUUGAAUGUAGGGCAGUAAAUUAUCCCCAAAAGUCUCUGCAAGAUUUGGGACAAACACUUUAUUGCAAUAUAUCAUUUGGACUGUCAUGUUCAAAUGAAGACAAUUCAAAUGGCAUGCCAUCACUUUGUUAUAAUUAUGAAAUACGUGUCAAAUGUUGUGAACCAGACUACCAGUGUACUCCUACUACAACGUCUCCAAGUACACUAACAUCCACUACCUCAACAACCACUGUAACACCAACACCUACAACGGUUACAAUAACACCCACAUCAACAGAAACACCAUCCACAAUCACAUCCACUACCACUACAACUACUGGAACAUCGACACCUACGUCAACAGAAACAUCACCUACAACUGUUACAAUAACACCUACUUCAACAGAAACACCAUCCACAAUUAGUACUACGUCAACAGAAACAUCACCUACAACUGUUACAGUAACACCCACAUCAACAGAAACACCAUCCACAAUCACAUCCACUAUUACUCCAACUACUCGAACAUCGAUACCUACGUCAACAGAAACAGUACCUACAACUGUUACAACACCUACAUCAACGUACACAACCACUACUAUCACACCAUCUACUGUAACAAUGACACCUACAUCAACAGAAAUAUCAUCUUCAACUAGUACAAUUACUGGCACGAUACCCACAUCAACAAAGACAUCUACAAGGACCUUCCCUACUACAACAAAGUUCACUGUGGAUACAGGGACAACUCCCAGGAUCACCUCAUAUCCACCAUCACCACAGUGCGCAUGCAAAUAUUUAAAUGAAACAUACUCAUCAAAUUCAACAAUCUACAAUCGAACAGAUCAAGCAGGUUGGUGCUAUACUGCCUACUGCAACUCCACCUGUGGUAUAGUGAUACAGUCUCAGAAAUGCAUACCACCCCGAAUAAACGACUGUGCACAAGUUAAAAGAAAGCAUAUGGAGUCAUGGAUUGAAGACUGCGCAAACAAAACAUGCAUAAAUGGCAAUGUCACCUCAAAACCUCUACAGUGUGUCAAAUCUGCCAUACCUACAUGUACUAAUGGAAUUAAACCUACGAAUGUGUCUUAUAACAAUGGCUGCUGCUUUAAGUAUGAGUGUGAAUGUAAAUGCAGUGGCUGGGGUGACCCACAUUACAAAACAUUCGAUGGAACAUACUAUGCUUUCCAGGGAAACUGCACUUAUGUUUUGUUCCAAGAAAUCAUCCCAAGAUACAAUAUCAGUGUCCAUGUUAAAAACUAUUUUUGUGAUGUUAAAAAUAAUCUCGCCUGCCCUGAGUAUGUGAUUGUAAACUACAAAUCUUAUAAAAUCAAGCUGACUAGCAACACUAAAGUGGUCCAGGUCUAUGUUAAUGAUGAAAUGAAACAACUAACUUACAUAAAUAAUGACUUCUUCAUCACCACCUCUGGCAUGGCAGUAACUGUGAACAUCACUGAAAUCAAAGUUGACAUUUCUGUGAAUCAUCAAGGUUUUGAGAUCAAUCUCCCAUUCUCCUACUUCCAUGGUAAUACAGAGGGACAGUGCGGGGUUUGUGACAACAACCGUACAAAUGACUGCAGACGUCCCGAUGGACAAAUCGACCCAUCAUGUGUGAACAUGGCACGGCUUUGGAUGGUCCCCCCAGGAUGCAAAACACCUCAACCUCAACCUCCAUCUCCAACUCCAAUUAUUUCCUGCAAUGUGACGAUUUGUGAUCUCAUCAAGAGCGAUAUGUUUAUGAAAUGCCAUGGGGUCGUUCCUUAUGAAAAUUAUUAUGAGGCAUGCAGAUAUGAUGUGUGCCACAUGACAAAUAGCUCUAUUGGUUGUACCAGUCUGGAGGCAUACGCUCUGCUAUGUGGCAAAGAGGGUAUCUGUGUAGACUGGAGAACAUCAAAUGAACUCACGAAAAAGUGUGAAUACAAGUGCCCCAGUCACAAAGUCUAUAAGGCAUGUGGUCCUAAAGUUGAAAAAACCUGCAGUACAAGGUACAAUGAUAUGUUUGUGGAGAAAGACUGUCAAGACAAUAACUGUCAUCAAACAGUCACGGAAGGCUGUUACUGUCCUGACGAUAAAUACCUAGUUAGUUCAACGAUAGAUACCUGUACAUCUUAUUGCGAUUGCAUCGGCCCUGAUGGAUUACCUAGACAGCCUGGGGAUACAUGGACCAUGAGCUGUCAUGAAUACACAUGCUCAAAUGAGACCUUUGGUAUUAAAACUGUGCCUGUCAGGUGUCCGGCUGAAAAGCCCUGUGGACCAGAACAAAAGAAAAUAAUUGAAAACUGCUGCCCAACCUGCGUGUGUGAUCUCGAGCUGUGUCUUCAGAAGAAAUGUGAUGUGGGAUACGAGUUGGCAGCAAAUAAAUCUGAAGACAGUUGCUGUCCACCCUGUGUGCCCAAAGACGUAUGUGUGUACAAUAACACUGAGUACCAGCCUGGAGUUAAAAUCCCCACAGAUCCUUGCGUCGAAUGUAACUGUCUAAUGGAUAAAGACCCACAGACCCAACUACAUCUCGUCAUGUGCGCUUCUAUAGCCUGUGCACCUUGCCCUGAUGGCUUUCUGCCAGUCAAACAAGAAGGAGAAUGCUGUGAAACAUGCAAGCCAAAUAACUGUUUUUAUACUGCGCCAGACAACACCACACAUAUUCUCAAGAUUGGAGACACACACAACUACAAGUGUGAGACUGUGACCUGUCAACAAAUUAAUGACACAUUUGUGAUAGAGAAGACCAUACCAACCUGUCCUGAGAUCAAUCCAUAUGAGUGUGUGCCUGGAACGCUGAAACUUGAUGCAAAUGGAUGUUGCAAUACCUGUGAGCUCAAGAACUGUAUUCGUGUGAAGAACACCACAGAUGUUACUGUAAAUGACUGCAAGUCCAUCCAUCCCAUAGAAGUGACUUCCUGCAGUGGCCACUGUGACACAGAAUCAAUGUAUUCAAUGGGCGCCAACAUCAUGAUGCACAGCUGUUCUUGCUGUCAGGAGAUGAAAACCAGCAUUAAAAAAGUGCAGCUGAAGUGUUCUGAUGACAGUGUGAUCGAUCAUGACUACGUCUACAUAGAGAGCUGCAAAUGCACUCCAGUUACAUGUGAAAACCAGAAGACCAGUGGAUAAAAGAUCCCGUUCAGUGCGUCUGCUAUACUGCUACAAUUCCAGAUAAA